UCGACCACCAGUCGAUGUUCGGCCACCCUCACAUACGUUAAUUUAAUUUUAGUUAGUGUUAUAAUUAUACAAACAUGUGCGCCUCAUUCCGGAUAGCCGUUGUGUCAGUUAUCUGUGUGGUCGUCGCCUCCGCCAAUGUUCGUGGACCACGAAGAUCUCGAAGAAUGGAUGUGGAAGAUAAUGAAAUCGACAGUGGGAGAGCAGACGAAAGCUCGUGGUGGCCAUCAGCAGAGUUCGGCAUUUUACAGAAAGUUUACGACGACUGCAGUUCGCAAAAACAUUUAACAAUGUGCCUCAAGGGUAAAGCUCUGUCGGCCCUGACGAAGGCGGUGGAGCAGGAGAGUGUGCAGCUCGCCGAUGGUCUGACGUUGGUCAAACAAGCCGACGCGCCAAGUGCAGUGGCGGAGCCGCGCUUCUUCCCCGGAAUGUCCACCGAAGACAAGGUCGACACAAUGUUACGAACACGAUUUGAGCAGUUAAUGAACACUCACACAAUCUCGAUGGAUCUCGCUUCCGAAGGUAGAGGUAGAGGGAAAAAAGUUCUGCCUUAUAUGCUUCUCGGAAUUUUCACAACUAUGAGCAUCGUCGGAGGAAUGGCUCUGAAGACUUUAGCAGCAAUCGCUGGCAAAGCUCUGAUCGCAAGUAAAGUCGCACUAACGAUCGCUGGUAUCAUCGCCCUGAAAAAGUUGUUCAGCCAUGAUGGAGCCACAGGGGAGACAACAUUCCAGGUUCACGCCGAUGGCCACCAUAGUCUUUAAUUCGAAGGCGGAACUUAUAUGUGGUGAGGCCAGCGAGGUCGGGCGCGGUCGACCCUUACCGCUACUACGCGGAGCUCCACGACGCUAGUGCGUAGCCGCCGGAGCCUCCGCCUACCUCGCUACUCCGGCCCUCCGGCCGCCGCUCGACCCUGCGCUGGAACCCAUACAAAAUAACCUCAAGCCAAAGUACCGUCCACCUAACGGACACUCUAAAACAACCCGAUGUCCACCUUCGUACUCGAAUCUACGUCAGUUAAUAUUUUAAUGUUAUUUAUUUAUUCGUGACUACGGUUGUAGGUAUAUUUAAUUGUUAAAUAAAUUAUUUUAGGAGAUAAUAAAAAUAAUUAUAAACCGUG